AUGAUAAUGAUGCAGUCUGCCCAGGAUGCUGUGACUAAACAAAGGAUGCUGCAAGCUAAGCCCUUGUCUGCGGAAUCCAGAGGAGGGUUUCUGAACCUGGGGAAGAAGAUUAGCGUUCCAAAGGACCUGAUGAUGGAGGAGCUCAACCUUCCCUCUAAUCGAGGCUCUCGCAUGUUUCAGGCGAGACAGAAGAGAUUGGAAAGGUUCAUUCUGGAGAACAAUGCCAAUAGUGCCUACGACACCAGCAAUGCCCAUCUCGAGUCCACAGCUCACCAGCAAAUCAUCCGAGAGCCACAGGGAGGAAAAGAGAACCAAGUUUUCUCCAUCCCUGGUAAGCACAGCCUGGCCAUGAACCUGCAGAAGACUGUAGCAAAAAAGGGAAGUCCUGACGUCCUGGCUCCAGGAUAUUCAGGCCCUCUGAAAGAAAUGCCUCCUGAGAAGUUCAACACAACAGUUAUCCCCAAAUCCUACUCUUCCCCAUGGAGGGAAGCUUUGGGAAAUGAAGAGCUCCUGAAUAUCCUCCAUAUGCAGCUGCCACAGCUCCCAUAUAGGCUAGAGCCUGCCAACUACAGGUGCUUCAACAGAUCUCCCAUGCCAUUUGGGGGCACUAUGACCAGCAAGAGGGUGAUACCAGUGAUUGGCUAUGAGGCAGUGGAAUCCCAGGACCUGCCCAGCGUUGCUCUGGAGCGUAUGUGCCAAAGGCCCAACUUCAACAGAGCACCCAAGGGAUGGGGAAUUGAUUACUGCCCUGAAUCUAAUGACUUAUGAAAAAGAGGGGGAUAAACUAAAGACUGUAACACUGACCUGUGCUUGCACUUCUCCUCCUACAGCGAUGAUCCCUAUGAUAAUCUCUGGGCACUACAAGGGAGGGAAAUAUACUUCUGCAUAAUAUAGGCUAUACAGUAAAUAUGGUUAGCUACUGCUGAAUGGUUUGACCAGCUGAGGCAAACUCCAAAUGCUGGAACCAGUUAAUUACCACUGUCAGGAUCUGAUCCCAUUAAUGUGACAGUACCUGAUUCCCCUGUUCUCACAGUGGCUUUGUCUUGUUUCACUAGCCAGACACGACAAUAAGCUGUUAUAUAA